UCGAUGAUUGUCAAAGUGUGAAUUGUCAAAAAAUGCACAGUAUACCGCGCUUGUAAAUUCAUAUCAUUGUAUUUGUUUUCAUAAUUAGUUAUUUAAAUAACAUAAUAGUAGUGUAUAUUCGUCAAUGUUAAUAUAAUUAUAAGAAACAAGAAUGGAGGUGACGCGUAACAAUUUUAGGGAAUGUCUCCCCUUAAUCGAUGAAUCCAUAAAGAAAGCAGAUUUUUUAGUUAUCGAUGCAGAGUUUACCGGUAUUAUUAAUGGCCGGGACGUUACUAUUUUCGAUACCCCUCAAGAGUACUAUGUUACUUUGUUAAAGGGAAGUACUGACUUUUUAAUUAUCCAGUACGGAUUGUGCGCUUUCUAUUGGAACGAAGCUGAGAAGCAUUAUAUGAAUGAUGCAUAUAAUUUCUAUUUAUUUCCAAGAGGACGCCCAGGACCUGAGAAAGUAUUUCUUUGUCAGAGCUCCAGUUUAGAUUUCCUGUCGUGUCAAGGAUUUGACUUCAACAAACUGAUAAAAGAAGGUAUUUCCUAUAUGAAUGAGCCGGCAGAGACUCGCUUACGUGAAAACCUAACGGAGCGUCAGAAGUCUUAUGUCAGCAGUAAUAAUAAUAUUCCAAUACCAGAUGAAAAUAAACAACAAAUUGAAGACAUUUGUAAAAAGGUGCGUGCAUUCCUUGAUGAGAAGAAGGAUGAUACAAUGGAGAUAGACAGAUGCAAUGCCUUCAUCAGACGGCUGCUGUUCCAAGAGCUUGGCAAUCGGUUCAAGAAGGAAGUCUUUGUGGAGACAAAGAUGCUGGAAAAUAAAUCUAGGGUUCUGAUGGUGUCUCGAUUAAAAUCAGAGGCUGAGGGAAGGAACAGAGAUACAGAGAAGAAGGAUAAAGAAUGGGAAGAAUUUGAUGAAGCAGUCGGCUUCUCUAAAGUAAUGCGUAUGAUCAGCCAGUCUCAAAAGUUGAUAAUAGGCCAUAACAUGCUGUUGGAUGUGAUGCACACUCUCAACCAUUUCUUCCAACCGCUGCCCGCUGAUUACAAAGCAUUCAAGGAGUUCGCACAUUGCAUGUUUCCAAGGUUACUGGACACAAAGUACAUGUCAAGUCUCCCACCGUUCAAAGACAAAGUGAACUCCAGUGUGCUCGAGCAUUUGCUGGCAACAUUAUCCGAACCACCAUUCUCGCUUCCUAAAGCUGAAUCAGUGCAAGGUCGUGGUUACCGCCGUGCUGAUGACAAGUUGCAUGAAGCGGGGUAUGAUGCAUACGUGACGGGGUUGUGCUUCCUCGCUAUGCACCAGCACCUGGCGCGCAUGCGAGGCGACCGCCCUCUCCGGCUGCCCGGCCCCGACUGCGCUGCGCUCAAACCAUUCCUCAAUAAGUUGUUCCUCGCGAAGACAGCGCAUCAAGACUCACCAUACAUGAACCUUACUGGAGCUGAUCCGACGCCGUCGAGGGAUCACGUGUUUUAUCUAACAUUCCCCGAAGACUGGCAGAGGAGUGACAUCAGCCAGUUGUUCAAUAUUUAUGGUCCGGUGACGGUGCAGUUCCUGGACGAGACGUCAGCGCUGGUGGCGCUGGUGCGGCGCGAGCAGGCGCGCGCUGUGCGCUCCUCGCUCGAUAGCAACAAGCGCGUGUCUCUCGUGCCCUACGUCACCUACAAGGCGCACGGAUCGAGGAUGCCAGGACAAAUGGAGCGUCCCCAACAGCCGAUGACUGUGAGUACGCCUGACCUUUCGAGAGUGCGACAAGCAGGUAAGCCGGCGCGGGCGCGGCCAUCGCCGGAACAGUUCCGAGCGCGGUGCAACAGUAUGUCCUCGCCCCCGGAACCGCCGCCCAGGAAACGGACCUCUUCUGGCGUCUUCCAGGUAGACGAACUAGAGCCACCGACUAAGAAGCCGGAACUAACUGGAUCGUCAGAGGAGGCCGUGCCUGCGCAUGAUAGCCCUCUUGCGUACUCGAACGGUCGGCGGAAAGCCCCCGCCACCGACGAGGACAAAAGUCGCCAGGAAAGCGACAGUCGCCAUAAGAGCGACAACCAUAUAGUUGAUAAAUUUGAUAAUAACUCCACUAGUAGUUGUGUAACCGCAUUCAAAGAAAGCGAUAGUUGGGAUUAAGUAAAUGUAUCAAAUCUU